CUCCGUAGCUCCUCAGUGCGGGCCUGGCCAUCGUGGGGAGAGGAUGUGCAGCUGUGCUCCUCCCUCAGCCCCUUAGCCCCGUGAACAGGGGGCCUGACGGACGCAGUGAGAGGGAGAGGAAAAAGGAAAAGAAAAAGUUGAAAAUUGAGUCACGCGUGGAAUAUUCUGUCAGACAACAUUGAUACCAAACUUGUGAAGUGAAAUAGUGAACAUCUCACGAAAAUAAACAGUGCAUUCAUACAUGGAAUAUUUUUUUUACUUUUCUUUUAUCAUUGCAGGAAGAUUUGCACAAGAUAAGACGAGUGGUUGACAAUUGCACAGCUUACACUUGUACUUGAGUUAUGGCUGGAAAUUGAUGAACAGCAAAAUGUUAAUAAUAAGAUAAAAUUGCAAAAGCUAUUCAAAACUGCAAGGGCAUUGUGUUUUAUGGAAAUGAGAUUUUUCGUGUUAAAAAGUGAAAGUAAGAUAGAAAUAAAUUGAUAAAAAAAAAGAGAUUAAGCUUAAAUAAUAAUAAUAAUAAUAAAAGAUAAAUUGAUAUAAGAAAAUAGAAUAUGCAAGAUAAAAAGUGAAAUAAAUUGAUAGAAGGAAAAGAGAAUAAACUUCAGAUAAAAAUAACAGAUAAGAUAAAUUGAUAAAAAUAAAAAUGAAAUAAAUAAAACAGUGAUAUUAAGAAAAUUUCCAAGCAUAAUUAUUUUUUGAGUGAAUAUAAAAAGUGUAAAUGAAAGAAAUAGGAACAAAUGAAAAUAAUCAACAGAAAAUAAGAGUUUGACAUUAUAGAAAAUAAGGACAAAAAACAAAGAGAACGAAAGUAAUUCCAAAGAAAACGAGAAACUAAAGAAAAUGGAAGGCGGGAGAGAGAGGAGCAGCCUGACCUCUCCUGACCCCCACUUCCUGUGCCCCCCGCUCGCCUGUGUAUGACCUGACCUCACAUUUUGACCCCCUCUCCUUCCCCCUUCUUCAAAACACUGCCUUUUUUAUUGCUUUGUGUAUUCUUGUAGUCAAUUAUUGUAGUUUAAUUUGUUAUGUGCUUUUAUAUUUUUUAUAUUGAAAGUGUUGUGAAAUUCACAUAUUUAUAAUAUAAGUCUUAUUAUUUUUUUUACCAGUUGUUUUUUACUUGAAAAAAAAAAGCUUGCAAAUUUGAAAUAUCUUGAUCUUUUCUCUUUUAACUUCUGUGGUGAACGUUUAUUAAAAUACAAACUAAUCUUGUCAAAAUUGUAACAAGUUCAGAAUAUUUCGCUUCUCUUUACGUAAAAUUGAAUAGAUCAUUAGAUAUUAUAAAUAUUUCAGAAUUUUUCGUUUGUUUUAUAUGAGAAAUUGAACUGAAUGAACGUCAAGUAUCACCACCACUUCAGAAUAUUUCGAUUUUUUAUGUAUGGAAAAUUGAACUGACCUUUAGAUAUUAUCACUUUAUAAUAUAUCGCUUUUUAAUGUGUGAAGUUGAAAAUUGAUCAUUAAAUACUGUCAUCAUUACAUGACAUUCCAUUUCUGUAAUACUAAUAAGUUAUAAUUUCAUUGUCGUAGGAAUUCUUGAAAAAAUAUAGGCCAUAAUUAUUUUUUGAGUCUAGUUCACUUCGGUAAGAGAAUAGAUAAAUAAAUAAAUAAAUAAUAACGCCAUAAUUAAUUGUCUAGUGUAUAGUUUAAAUCUAAAUAAGAACAAAUAAAUAAAUAGACAAAUGGUAACACCGCAAUUAAUUGUUUUGUUCAACGUGUAGCUCAUGUCGAUAAAACCAAAUACACUUAUCUAGCAGACAACAAGUCCAGUAGUUGUUUAGUAAGCGUGGAUGUGGUGGGGGUUUGCUGUGGUUCACGUGCACUGCCACCAGCGAGAGAGAGAGAGAGAGAGAGAGAGAGAGAGAGAGAGAGAGAGAGAGAGAGAGAGAGAGAGAGAGAGAGAGAGAGAGUCAAAUAUCCAACUCGUUUAUAAGGAAUGUAAUCGUUUAACACAACAAACCAAUACUUUCUUCAGUAACUAAGUGCUGAGUGUAGAGAUUUGAAUGGCAACACUGCAUGGCCGCGCAUCUGGCAACACUGCAUUCAAAUAUUAGGCGUUCACGCUUGAUAAAAUUUUAAUAACCUCAAAAAAUACUGUAAUAAAUUUCUAGUAAGAAUUUCAAUAGUCAUUCAAUAAAACUACAAUAGAACUUCGAUAGAUAUUCAAUGAAAUUACAAUAAGAAAUUCUGUAGCUAUUCAGUAACACUUUAAUAACAAAAAUCUUCAAUAAAACCUCCGUAAACCUCUAUAUUGGAAUUGCUUACCUUAGAUUAUUUGUAUAUGAAGUUAAAACCUCUUUUAAAAUGGUUACGAAAUAAUAGAACACUAAUGAGUCUGUUGUUAUGAUAAAAAAUAAACCAUUUAGAUUUGAAACGCACACGAAUGUAUAAAGUGAAACAAAUAAUUAAGUAAAAUGGCCAAAGGAAGAUGUAAAGUUAUUAUGAAAGCAUUUUGAAGUAAUAUUAGGUUACGUAAAAUGUAAAGAAAAUGAUUAUUGUUGAGAAAAUAUUAAAAAGUGUCUUUGAAAAUGUUAAAUAAGGUCAGUAGCUGAUUUUUACUUAAUUUCUUACCUUUCUGUGUUCUGCUACUACUAUUACUACUACUACUACUACUACUACUACUACUACUACUACUGCUACUGCUGCUCCUGCUGCUGCUGCUGCUGCUGCUAAGGUGUUAUACUGAGCUUCCAAUAUUGUGUUCUCUCUAAACUUAGUGUGUUGGAAACAAUUAAUCCAACGCCACACUUUUUUUAAAUGUUUUGAAGUUUGUGAAAAAUGCCUUAACCAUGUAAAAAAUGUGUUAACUUUAUAAAAAAAAAUGUCAUAAUGAUAUGAAAAAUGUCUAAAAUUUAUGAAAAUAUCUGAAAUGUGUGAAUAAAUAUCUUCAUUAUAGGAAAAAUGUCUUCAUUAUGUAAAAAUGUCUAAGCUUUAUGAAAAUAUCUAAACUUUAUGAAAGUAACGUCUUUAUUGUAUGAAAACGUUUAAACUUAUGAAAAGAUGUCAUGCUUGAAUGAACAUUUCUAAAAAUUUAUAAACAAUAUUCUUAACUAUAUGAAAAGUUAUUGAGAAUGAAAAAUGAUCUGAUUGUGAUGUGAAAAUAUUCAAACUUUAUGAAAAUUUUCUUAGAGAAAAACGUCCAGAUUGUUUUGAAAUAAAUGAAAAUACAUUAAGUCCGUGGGAAUUUCUGAACUCUAUAACGUAAAUAGGAGUUCUGUAAAUUCAGACAUUGCUGUGAUAAAGGAAGACAUUGAUUAGUUUUAAUAUUUUGAAAAAAAUAAUAAAAUAAUAUAAACAUUAACUGUUAAUAAAGAAAAUCGAAAUACUUAUUGAGGAAUUGUCAAAAAAUAAUUAAUGUAAAAGUAAAAAAAAAAAAAAAAUAUUCGUUAAAAAAAUAAUAUCGGAAAAAAAAACUAAGAUUUAAAAACAAAAUCGAAAUAUUGCAUAAAAGAAAUUGUGUAAAAUUAACAACUGUUAACUGUUAAUAAAAAUUUUAAAUACUUCAUGAAAAAAAUGUUAAAAAUAUGAAUAUUAACUAUCUGUAAAAACUGGAAAUACUUAAUGAAAACAAGCUCUAAUGAUGACUGUUUUUAUAUUGUAAAUGAACGAUGGUGAUUAUUCAUUGAAAAAAAAAAAAAAAUGAGAGAGGAGUUUGUUAAUUGAUUAACGUUUUUAAACUUUUUAACACUGCCUGUUCAAACUCAACAUUAUGAGAAAGUUGAGUGAAAUGAAAAGGAAAUGUAGCUGUUAACCAAUAGUUUGUUUAAUUUAUUUACAUAAAAGAAAAAAAAAAGCUUUCCAGUCAAACACAAAAUUAUAAAGGAAACAAAAAGUGAAAUAAUAUGAAUUUAGAACUGGAAAAGAUUUUGAACUUGAACUUAAAUAAUAAGAUAAAAAAAAAUAAAUAAUAAUAUCAUAAACUAAGAUGAGAAAACAGUGAAAUUGAAUAAUACAUUUACUGAAGAAUGCAAUAAUAAUAUGCCAAUACGUGAAAAAUAAUACUUUAGAAAUUAUUACAAAAACAUGUGGAAGGCUUCUGAAAAUUCUAUAGAUUUGUGAUAAAGAAAAAAAAUCAGUAACAAUUCACCAAAAUGAGAUGAAACAAAGUGAAUUAUACAGCCGUUUUUAAAUUGUUUUGUUUUUCCUUUGUUUUGUUUUUGUUUGGAGUUUUAAAUCUUUUUUUUUUUCUUCACUUUGUCCUCCUCCUCCUCCUCCUCCUCCUCCUCCUCCUCCUCCUCCUCCUCCUAAUACAAAGGGGCCUUCUUAAAAAAAAAUACAUUCAAGUAAUACAACAAUAUCAACAACAACAACAACAACAACAACAACAACAACAACAACAGUGUAUAAGACGAAUUACUGAAUAAAAUGUGUAUAAUAUGAAUAACACUUUAACUUUGACUCGAUGAAUGGAAAGUGAUGUAUAAAAAUAGUGCAAGAUUAGUGUGCUGUUGUGUGCUGUUGAAAAGUGUGAAAAUAAGGUGUGUUUGUGUGCUGAAGUUAAUUAAAUAAAUGAGGAAAGUGAGAAAUGAAUGAAUAGGCUGGAAGAUUAAUGGAUAAAAUGGGAAAUAGGUGAAUGAAGGGAAAAUGAAUUAAUGAAGUGAAGAAAAAAAAAAAUGAAUAAAUGAAUAAAAAUAAUUGUUGCCUCGUGUUAUUUUGAAAGGCAAGCAAACAUUCAUACAACUGUGAAAUUAGUGAAUAACAAAAACGAAAGUGGUUCAUGAGGAAAAAUACAAAGAAUCGGAAAAAAAAGGUUCAAUUGAUGUAGAAGAAAGGAAAAGAAAGGAAGAAAAGUUUACCGUAUGUUAUCUUUUUAUUUUUUUUAUUUUUUUGAGGUGAAAAAAACUCCUUAUUCAAUUAAAACUAGUUAAUGGUAUAAAAAAAAUAUUCAUUGAAAAAAAAUGAAGAUUUUUAAGAAAAAUCGUUGAUGAAAAGGACAAACAAAAAUUUGGAAACUUAUUUAAAUCUAUUUACACAUUAAGCAGUUGAAUAAAUUAGCCACGAAAAAAAAAAUAAAAUAAAAUAAUAGAAAAUAGAGAAACCCCGAAGAAUUUGAGAGAAAAAAAAAAACUUACCUGCUUAAAUUCGAUUAGAAAUAAUAAUAAUAAAAAAAGAAAUCAAAGAUAGGACUGUGCUUAUGAUAUACAAUAAAAAAAAAAAAAUAACAAUUCAUAAAAAAGUGAAGUGAAAAAAAAGGUGACAUUUUUAUCGUAAAUUUGACAUGUGGGAAUAUUAACUUGCAACAUGAUGAAGAAAAAAAGUUAAAUACAUAUUAACGAAAAUAAACAAGUAGUGAUAUCAAAACAGUGAACCAUUAAGAAAAACCACAACAAUUUAUAUAUAUGCAUGUAAACGCGUAUGUAUGUAUGCAUGUAUGUAUGUUUGUAUGUAUAUAAACACAUUUUGUAAGAAGGAAAAAACAAACAUUUAUACAUAGAGCAAGAAAUUAAGUGACUUGUUCAAAAAAAAAAGCUAAAAAAAAAAAUAAAAAAAAGAACACUACAAUCUUUCAUAUCAGACAUUUAACACUCGCUCAACGAAAAAAACAACAUUAGUAAUAAGACAUGUGCUCAAGUGGCAGGUGUGUCGUCAGGUGUGCGAGGUGUGCCAGGUGUGUCAGCAAGAGAUGCAGGUGUGUGCUGUGCUUCAAGAGGCGCCAAGAGGAGGAAGAGGAGGAAUGUCACGUCACAGCCAUUUGAGAGAGACGAGGAGAGGGAGCGUGCUGUCUGUGGCCUUUCUGUGGUGACGAGAGAGGGAAGCAAGAGGAAGAAGAAGAUAAAGAGGAUUUUGUGACUCGGUAGGAAAGGAAGGAGAGAAGAGAAGAUUUUGUGAUUCGUUAGGAAAGUAAGAAGAGAAGAGGAAGAGGGAGGAAGGAGAAGAAUUUCCUUUAACCAGAUCAAGACGGUAAAAAAAAAAGAAGAAAAAAAGAAAACAAAAGAAACCACGUUCACAUUUGGAGGAAAAAAACAAAAAAAAAAUAAGGAAAAAAUAAUAGAUAAAGCAAGAUACAGGAAUACAAAAGGAAUUCAAACGAGAACAACUGAGAUUCCUUCAACCAAGAAACUUAAAAUUACUUAAAUACAAAACCACGUUCAUAAAGGAAUUAAAUAAAAAAAAAAAACGAAUCUAAAACACAAAGCAGCGAAAAUAAACAGACGAGGAAUUCAAAUAAACACAACUGAAAUUCCUUUAGCCAAGAAAUUCAAAUAAAAAAAGGGAAAGAGAAAAUUACCCUCAAUAAAAUAAGAGGGAGAGAGAGAGAGAGAGAGAGAGAGAGAGAGAGAGAGAGAGAGAGAGAGAGAGAGAGAGAGAGAGAGAGAGAGAGAAAGUAUUGUGACAUUAAACUCGAAAUCGAAUCAAAUUACAAGAAGAAAAAUAAGAAAAAAAUAAAUAAACAAAUUCAUGCCAUUAACUAAGAAAAAUAAAUAAAUAAAUAAAAAUAAAAAUUGAAACAACUUUAAUUCCCUCGCCAGCAAAACACGAGGAAUUAAAUAAAAGAAGGAAAAGAGGCAAAACACUUAAAAAAAAAAAAAAAAAUUGAAAACUAACAGAAGGAAGAAUUUUAAGACCAGAGAGAGAGAGAGAGAGAGAGAGAGAGAGAGAGAGAGAGAGAGAGAGAGAGAGAGAGAGAGGCCUUUUACUCAGACCAAAGACCAUUUUCUUGGGAUCUAGUGAAGGGGAGACAUUUUAAUUUCGGUCUGGGCAGUAAAGGAAGAAGGAAGGAGUGAAAGAAGAAAGAGAAGGAAGGGAAGUGAAGGAGAAAAGGAGAUAUAUUGAUAGACGAAGGAAGGGAGGAAGGAAAGCAGUGACAGAAGGAAGGAAGGAGUGAAGGAAGAAAGAGCAGCAAAAAGAAACGAAGGAAAGAAAGAAAGAAGAGUAGACAAAGAAAGACAGUGAAGGAAGGGGAAAGGAGAUAUAGAAAGAAGAAUUAAAGGAAAAGUGAAAGGAAACAAGAGAGAAGAAAAAAAGGAAGAAAAAAGAAAGAAGGAAGAAAUAAAAGUGAAAAGAGAGCAAGGAAGGAAGAAAGGAGAGUAAAAAAAAGAGAGGCAGAAAGGAAGACGAGUGAAAGAGGAGAAAGAAAGAAAAGGCAAAGAAGAAGAACACAAACAAAACCAGUGGAAAUAAAGAACUGAAAGAAAGAAGGAAGCAGGACAAGUGAAGGAAGGAAGGAAGGAUGGAGUGUGGUGCCUUCUACCCUCUGGCCUCCUGCUGCUGCCUCCUCCUGCUGCUCCUCGCCCAAGCAGGAGGGAAGCAGGUACACAGUAUUAUAAAGAUUACAGCGGAUGAUUGUAAGCCUGGCAAAAUUAUCUGUGAUGACCGCCCCACCCGCUGCUGUGAUCCCCCCGAGCGGCCCUGGCCCCCCCAAGCCCCGCCCCCCUCCCCCCCCACUGCAGGCGCCCCCUCAGCCCGGCACAACGCUCCGCAACCCCCCACUGGCGCCCCCCCGUGCCGGCCCCGCCCCCCCUCCCUAUCUGGACCAACUGGUAUUUUUGGGUGAUGGUGGCGGCGGUGGUGGUCCUGUGUGUAGCCGGCUGUGGCUACUGGAGGAGGAGAAAGAUUUAUGAGUCCUCUGCCUCUCAAACCCUCGGCCAUGCCCACGCCUACUGCACCCCCACCCCCUCCGACGACACCCCUAUGUACGGCCCACCCUUGCCCUUCCUGCCCCCCACCCCGUACCCUGCCCCCCCACCCUACAGUGAGGCAGCCCGCCCCUCCUUUGACCCCCUGGAGCAGCACAUCUAUGACGCCAUGCUGGGAGGGCGCAGCGUAUACGACUACUACGACAGGAGGCACCCCAACGCAUACUACGACCGGUACUUUCUACCAGACGACACCUCCUCCAGUGAGACUACCUCCCUUCUUUCCUACCACCUCCACCGCUCCUGCUCCUCCCACCUGCCCCCCCGCCACCACCACCAUCACCACCACCACCACCACCACUCCAUCAGGAAGUGUGCAGGCGGGGACAUGCUGGCGCCCCCCCCCUUACUCAGAGGUCGCUGCCAAGCCAGAGCUGUACCCGGUGGUGGUGAUGAGGGGCGGCAUCACCGAGGUCAACUCUGUCAAGUCUAUGGGGGACACCACCAGCAGCGGGCACCUCCCCCACCACCACCACCACCACCACCCACCCCCAUUCCCUUACAGCCACUGCCACCACUACUUGUACCGCUCAGACUCCAUACUGUGGGUGAGGGUGGAGGCUGAGGCUUUCCUGUGGCAACACACCUCUUGCUUUGGAGGAGGAGGAGGAGGCUCUGUGUCCACACCUGAGGGAUCCCAGAGCUCCAGCUACACGUGUGGGGCGGGACAGCAGGCCGAGGGUCGCGGCGGCAUCCGAGUGUCGUCCCCAGGCUGUGUGUUGGCCAUGGCGUCCCCAGCAUCAUCCGUUGGCCCGCAUGCCUCAGACGUGUCCAGCCUGCCACCCACCUCCCCCCCGUCACCCCCUGCACCCACCUCCCCCACCCUGCCCCCCUCACCUGCCACCAGGGAGCUGCAGGACGUGCUACAGAAAAUCAGCCAGCUGCCGGGUGCCACCACCCCCCCCACGUCACACCCCUCAGGCUCCGUGCUGUCCCGCCACGCCCACUACAGCCCAGCCAGGUCACGCACUCGCAGGCCCCUUGGUGCAUCCCUGUCCUUAGAGGCGUCCGCACCUUCCCGUCCCCGCUCUCUGCCCCUCAACUCCUCUCCUCUCUCGUCCCCGCCCUGCCUCCACGAUCCACCCUCUCCGUUGCUCACGACAUCUGCCUCCACGCCGAACUUAGCCGCCUGCUGGCCGUCACCACCCCCACGCAGGCACCUGGUGGCGUCCCUGGUGGAUGGAGGGUCCAGGGUGGUGAGCCGGCCAGCCUCAGAGGCGCCUGACUCCUCCUUGUUCACUGAGGGCAUGUGGGGCCGGGAGGCGGGGGACCACAGGUUCAGGUGGAGACCUCAGGACAUGGGGGACAGAGUAUAGUGGGAAAUAUCACAGAAUCCCCUUAAAAUCUUACCCUGAAUGCCCAUCCCCGGUGCUGUGGUGUGGGUGGUGGGUGUUCAUGGGGGCAGCUCACCCUUACACACCCCUGCACACCCACACACGCCCACACACACCCGUGUCUGGCCACUGCCACAGCCUGAGUCCCGAAACAUCUCCCCUUUUUGCUUGGUCUUCCAGUUCAGACUACUUCGCUUGACAGUUCCUCUCGGCCAGGCCUCCUGCCGUGCGUGAGGUGUUUCUAGAUGCCUUGUGGUGCUUCAUAGAUACCCUAGAGCUGUGUAGAGAUGAUGCCCAGGUCUUCAUAAGUCAUAGAAAUCUUAACAUCACUCACACUGUAGAAAGCAAAAGAGGUUCGGCUGAAAAAAAGUAAGUAGUGAUUAGCUACGAUUGAACGCUGCUGUUUUUAUCGUCUGUAACUCACAUAUCUAGGCUUGGUUUGGUAGUGUUGGCCUCCACGCUGCCACUCGACUGUAUAGAGAAGUGUUUUGUCUGAGUAUUGGUGAGGAAAAGACAUUGACACGAGGCGAUUGAAAAAAUAUGUGGUUUGUCUGAGUGUCUUGUUGUGAAGUGUGGAUUGAUCAGUCAGUGGUUUGUUUCCUCUGGGUCUGGGUGUUUUAUUGGCUGCUGGUUGUGAUUGUCAAGCAAUACUGUACAAGGACAGACUGAGGAAUGCAAUGUUGUGUGUUGUGUUGGUUAUGAAUACUGACUGACACAAUGAAGACUAAAAAAUUGAGUGUUGUAGUGUUGAGCAGGAGGUUAAAAGAAUGUAGUGUUGUAUGUGGUUGAAUAAGAUUGCCUUGUGUGUCAAGUAUUGGUUGUAAUAUGCUGCAACACAAGCCACAUUAUAAGAUUGUAGUGUAAAGUGUUGGAUAGGAGUGUUUUGUUUGUUGGUUAUGAGUGUAAUGAGCAACACAAGGAAGAUUUAAAGAAUGCAGUGUUGUAUUAUUGGACAGGAGUGAUUUGUCUGUCUGUCAACUUAAGAACACACAGCAACACUUCAAAUGACUGCAACACAGGUUUAGAUGUGUUUUGGUUCAGACAAGCAACACUUCCAGAUGAGUCAACUAGAACAGUGUUGGAUUGAGUGUUGCAUUGGAUAGCAAUUCAAACACACUCAAACAUUUAAAGAUGAGAUGAGCAGAACACAGUGUUGCAGAGGGCUGGUGAAAUGAAGCCACUCAAGUUUGCAAUAACCUGUAACACUUAAAGGACUAAAAAAAAGUAUUGAUAACUGAAAAAACCAUGAGGUUGAGCAGAGAAAGUGUUGCAGUGUUACUAAUCUUGCAGAGAGCUGGUGAAACAAACCCACUCAAAUUUGCAAUAAUCUGUAACACUUAAACUAAAGAAAUGUAUUGAUAACUGAGAGAAAACCAUGAAAUGAACCUGUAGAAGUGUUGCAGUGUUAGUAAUAUUGAACUGAAGUGGUGAGCUGAAGUGUCUUGGCAGCUUGAGGCCAUAUUUCUAAGUUUUCAUUGGGGAAAUUCAAAUGUGAUUCUUUUCUUAGAUGAGGUCUGAGGUUCGUGCAUGCCCCUCCUGUCCUGUAGUGACUGUCUGUGUGGUUUUGCACUCUGGCUGCCUCCUCUCCUGACCAAUAGUGUGUUCAAGAGUAAGAGAGAGAGAGAGAGAGAGAGAGAGAGAGAGAGAGAGAGAGAGAGAGCACUUCACAAUAUAAGCUCACAAAGACUAAGAAACUAAAAACACAUAAAAAAAAGAAACGAAAAAGAAACUAAUUGGAGACAAGACUUCACAAUACUAUAAACUCACAAACAAAGACUGAUAAACUAAAAACACACUUAAAAGGAAAAAAGCAAUAAAAGAACCGUAAUGGGAAAGAAUGGGAUUUUAUCUAGAAUGUGUGUUUGAGAGAGAGAUAAACUGAAGACUUUAGAGUAAGAAACAAGCUUGUAAACAGAGAAUAAGAGACAUGAUAAGGAAAAUAUAAUGAAGAUAUGUAGAAAAUGUGUUUAAGAGAGAAAUACACUGAACACAUUAGAAUGACAAAUAGAUAAGCUUGAAAACAAAGAAUAAGAGAAAUAAGCUUAUAAACAAAAACAAAGAAACAUAUAUAUACAAAGGAAAAUGUAAUAGAAAUAUGUAGAAAAUAUAUUUAAGAGAAAUACAUACAUUGAACACUUUAGAAUGAAAGAUGAGCUCAUAAACAAAGAUUAAGACGUCUGAGAGGGAAUGAGUUAUCCUGAAGAUGUGCUCACAACCACUUCAAGAGUAACAGACACACAACAUGCUGAGGAAACUGAAUGUAGUGUGAGUUUGUUUAAAAAGUGUGUGUGGAAGAUAAAACAAACAAACAAUAAGAAAGAUAACCUUACACAAAAGAAUAAGACAUACACACUUUGAAAACUAUAAUGGGAAUGUCCAGAAAUUUGUGUUUUAAGAGAAUAUUAACUCAGCCUGCUUUAGAAAUGACAAAAAAAUAUGCUUGCAGAACUUAAAAGGGAAAAAUAUGGAAGCAGAAGAUUUGUUUAGGAGAGGAAGUUAGAUGAUUUGCUAACUCACUGUGCUUUGUGGUGAGGUUUGCUGACAGACUCGCUUGCAGUGCUGUGAUGGAGGCAUGCGUCUAGAAAUGUGUUAGCAGGAGUGAGGUAGAUCAUUAACUCGGCGCUUUGCAGUGAGACAAAGACAUGCUUGCUAAACGUUAAUGGGAAAUGUUUAUCAGUGUUCCUCCCAAGUGUUGAGGGGAGGGAGACUGAGAGAUGUUGAUGCCUGGAAGGAAGAAAGAUGUGUGUUGCUGAAACUUGACUGAGGAAUGUUGUAUCUCCAGAUGUGUUCAGGAGAGACAGAGACAGAGACAGAUAAGAUAUUAACACUUUGAAAUAAGAAAGAUGUGUCAGAAACUUGAAUCAGAAAUGUCUUAUUUUAAAAUGUGUUCAGAAGAGACACAGAGAGAGAGAGAGAGAGAGAGAGAGAGAGAGAGAGAGAGAGAGAAGAAAAAAAAUAGACAGAGACAGAGAUAAGAUGUUAAUAAAAAAAAAGAAAAAAUGCCUUGAAAACUUGAAUCAGAGAAAUAUCUCAGAAAAUGUGCUCAAGAGAGAGAGAGAGAGAGAGAGAGAGAGAGAGAGAGAGAGAGAGAGAGAGAGAGAGAGAGAGAGAGAGAGUUAAGCCACUCAAUGCCUCAAAACAAACAUAGACUCCUGAUUAGAAAACAUUUAAAAGACACGCAAAACAGUCGAGUGUGAGCACUUGAAGAGACACUGAUGGGACUGCAGUGGCCUUGAUGCUGCAAGUGUGUGGACAGGAGUGAUGGAAGUGAUGGAAGAAGUGAUGGUGCUGUUUGGUGAUAUGAUGUGACACUGACGCUUGUAACCUUAAAGAAUAACUGAACCGGAGAUAGGAGAGGCUUAGCAAUGAAAAAAAAUACACACACACACACACACACACACACACACACACACAGGAAGACACUUAAAGUAAAAAAAGAUACACAGCAACAUGGAGCAAUACAGUUUUCCAUAUAAAGCAAUAAGUUAAUGGAAUGUAUAAUGAAAGGAUGUGUGUGUGUAUGUGUGGACAAAUAUUCUUCAGAUUAAGGAAUAAAACGUGAUUAUUAAACUUGAAAAACAGACAGAACACACCUGACUUAAGACUGCAAGAAUACAAAUAGGUAAACACACACACACACACACACACACACACACACACAGCUAGUAUCAGUGCUAUACCCUCUUGCAGUCUCCUUCUGACAUAAUCAAAACAAUGAGUGUCUCCAAGGUGUGUGUAGGUGACAGAAACACUAAUUAUAUCAGGAGGAGGAGGAGGAAGAUAGAUGUUAGAAGAGAAAGAGGAGAUAGAAGAUGAAGGAGGAAGAUAGAAAAUGUUAGAAGAGAGGAAAGGAGAUAGUGGAUGAAGGAGAAGGAGGAGGAGGUAGAAGAUAUUGUUAGAAGAGAAAGGAGAGGAGAUAGAGAAUAAAGUAGAAGUAUAUUUGAGAAGGAAGGUAGAAGGUACUGUCAGAAGAGAGAAGAGAAGAGGUAGAUAAUAAAGUAGAAGUAAGAUGGAAGAGACUUUGAAAAGAGGAGACAUGAGGUAGAGAAGAAGUUAGAAAAGGGAAAGGGGAAAGAAUUGGCACAAGUAGCAAAGAUAGAAAUAAAAAAGGGAAAUUAGGAGAAGAGGAACAAGGAGAAAGGAAGAUUUAGCACAAGUAGUAAAUAGAAGAUAGAAAUAAGAAAAGGGAAGUAGAAGAAGAAGAAGGAAAUAAGGUUAAUGAAAAAAAUGCUGCACAAUAAGAUAGUAUAAGGAGGAAAAAAGGGUAAAGAUAAUAAAGAGGAAGAGAGGAAAAAUCACAAUAAAAGAAGAGAGAAAGAUAAGAACAGGAAAAAGAAGAGAAAAAAGAAGAAAGAUUAGAAGAUGGAGAUAGAAGCUAAGAAAGAAAGAUGAAGAUACAAAUAGAGACUAGAAGAGAAGAAGAGGAAGAGAAGAAAAGUUAAGGAAGAAGAGGAAGAGAAGGAAGGACUAAAGAAGAGGAAGAGAAAAAUGUGCCUGAAAGGAGAUAAAGAGAAGAGAAAGGUACAAAAACAAGAUAAAGAGAGAUAAGGAAGAGGGAAAAAUAUAUGCUUGGAGAUUAAGAUAGGAAAGAAGAGGAGGGAGAAGGAUCAAGAUGGAAGAAAGAGGAAAGAGAAGAGGAAGAGGAAGAUACGCUUAAACCCGGCAGAAAUGAGACAUACCACAACCACCACCACCACCAGAGAGAGAGAGAGAGAGAGAGAGAGAGAGAGAGAGAGAGAGAGAGAGUAUUUCCCUCAAUAAAAUAGCCACUUGUUUUGUCUUGCUUCAUAUAUGUGUGCGUGUGUGAAAUAAUUGUGCAUGGAGGUGUGGGUGAGCUCAGCAGGUGUGUGGUGGUGGCGUGCGUGGCGUUUCAACAGUGUAUAAACCGUCUGAGGGCAGCUGGGGGCACAACUGACCUCCACAUCUCUGCUAGGCAAUAAAACAGCUGAUAUGCAAGUGAUAUAUGCAAGCCGCCUCUCGGACACACAAAGCCGGUAUUCUGAAACUCUUCCAGCCACCUCCACUACUUUCAAAAGGCUCUAGAUGAAGUCACAAGGGUUCUUUAGUGUUUUUUAGGGUUUUAGGGACAGAUUGGCAAGAUUUCUACAUUAUUAAUAGGAGAAACACUAUUAAGAAUCUGGUUAAUCAUCUAUGCUGCCUUGGAAAAGUUAUGGUGAGAGAGUGAAGGGUUUUUAAGGGUGUUUUUAGGGUUUUAGGGACAGAUUGGCAAGAUUUCUACAUUACUAACAGGAGAAACACUAUUAAGAAUCUGGUUAGUCAUCUCUGCGGCCUCGGAAAACAGCUAUGGUGAGAGAGUGAAGGGUUUUUAAGGGUGUUUUUAUGCUUCUAGAGACAGAUUGGCAAGAUUUCUAUAUUACUAACAGGAGAAACACUCAAGACCCCAGCUAAUCACCUCUGUGUCCUUUGAAAGCAGUCAUGGUGAGGGAAAGGUUUCUGUAUAUGGGCCAAGGAUCUGUUGUCUGGUGUUUCCUUAGCUGUCUGUCUGUCUGUCUGUCUGUCUGUCUAACAUGUCAGAUUUUUGCCAUUUUCAUAGUCAUUGGUGUUAACAGAAAAUUAUUGAUUGGUUUGUUGAUGACGAUGAUGAUGAUGGAGUAAACGGUUUUUUCAUACUGG